AUGAAACAGAAUUCAGAAAUUUUAUUGUCUGGCUCGAAGACCAGAAAAUCAGACAUUACAAGAUUGAAGACCGAGGGAAUUUAAGAAACAUACACAGCGAUGAGUGGCCCAAGUCAUUUGAAAAGUAUAUGAAAGACGUAAACUGUCCUUUCAAAAUACAAGAAAGACAAGAAACAGUGGACUGGCUUCUUGGCUUAGCAGUCAGGCUCGAAUAUGGAGAUAAUGCUGUUAAGUAUAAGGAUUCUACCCCGGAUGGUGCUAAAAAUGUUGACAAUACAGCAAAAAAUGCAGAACCACUGAUUAACCUGGACGUGAAUAAUCCUGAUUUCAAGGCUGGAGUGAUGGCUUUAGCUAAUCUGCUUCAAAUCCAGCGACAUGAUGACUACUUGGUGAUGCUUAAGGCAAUUCGCAUUUUGGUUCAAGAGCGCUUGACGCAGGAUGCCAUAGCGAAGGCCAGUCAGUCCAAGGAGGGUUUGCCCGUAGCUUUAGAAAAGCACAUUCUUGGUUUUGACACGGGAGAUGCUGUUAUCAACGAAGCUGCCCAAAUUCUCCGGCUGCUGCAUAUAGAGGAGCUCCGCGAGCUGCAAACAAAAAUUAAUGAAGCGAUU